CCGACGGCGCCGGCAGAGCCAAUGGGAAAGGGCAGGGGCGGGGACUGCCGCGCGAAGCUCAGGUAACAGGUUGAGCAAGUGAGAGGCAGAGAAGGUGGGAGAAGCGGUCGGUGCUCGGCGGGACAGGUGGGGCGGCCCCUCAGGAACCAGACGGGAUCCUUUAAGACUCCAGACCUGUGGGAAAUGGACCACCACAUGAAUGGCACUACGGUUGAGAAGCACAGCCCUAUAGACUAUGGAGUCCAGAUCAGAUUCAUUAAUGACCUCAAAGAGCCCAGGAAGCCCCAGAAGCUACGCUCCAAAACCUCUAAGCCGGGCUCCUAUGGGGUGGCAGUGCGGGUCCAGGGCAUUGACGGACAGCCCUUUGUAGUCCUCAAUAGUGGCGAGAAAGGAGGGGACUCUUUUGGGGUGCAGAUCAAAGGCGAGAGCAAAUAUGGUAUGCCGUCCCGGAGCCAGCCACUCGAAGAGACCUUUCCAGGUUCCCCUGGAGCUGCGUCAUCAUCUAAGGAUGCCUCAGGGUCCAUCAGCUCAGAUUCUGACCUUCCGGAGAAUCCGUAUGGCAUGAAACCCUCUCUAUACAGCUCCCAAUAUAGCACAUCAGAUGAGGAGCAAGUCUCGAGGCAGCGGGUGCCAAAAACAGAUAGCUUGGAUGGAGCUCACUUGUCGCGGAGCAAUGCUGCCUCUCCUGCUCAGAGUGGUUGUCGGACACUUCCCAAAAAGAAGGCUUUGGGGGAGCAACUGCGGCGGACUCAGUCUUAUGGCUCCUUGCUCAGCACUGAGCCAGAUGAACCUCCAGAACCGAACUCCUCUAGGACUCAACCGACAAAUGUUUCUCAGGCUCUAUCUUCAGGAGCCACCGCGAGGAGCACUAGCUUGAUGAAUCUUGCUGGCCGCAGACUGCCUAGCUCUCAGGAGGAUGCUGGCAGCAUCUCUGGUCUGAGGCCUGUCCGUAAGUCGCUGCCCUCAGACUCUGACUCAGCUGAGCCUGGCCAAACAACUAAUACGGGUGGUAGUGACAUUGACACGAAGCCUUUGUCCUCAGUGGACUCGCUGAUAAACAAGUUCGAUGGGAAAGCCCAGCACAGAGGAAGAGCAUCUCGAAGAAGUCGCAUCUCCCUAGAGGACCGGAAGCGCUCACAGAGCCUUGAUGGGAGGGCGGCAUAUCACGACACAGCUGACAGCCGGGAGCUGAGGAACAAUGAGCUUCAGGGGAUUUUUGGAGAAGGAGCAAACACCUCAGCAGCGAAGCAGCCCACCUCAGCCAACCUCCUGGGAAGCAGAAGCCUCCCUAGGGACAUUGAGCCACAGUUAAAGGAGAAUGGACUGGAUAAAUCAAAACUGACCCGGGACUGGGUCAACAAGAGCCUGGAAGAGCAGAGAGUGGAGAAGCAACCAAGAAAAGUAGAGUCAGACCUGCAGUUAAAGUCUACUCCAGACCUUCUGAAAGACCAGCAGGAGGUGUCUCAGCCUGGAAGUAGUGAGUACAUGAAGGAGUUGAUCUACAACAUCCUGAAGGAUGGAAGCAUGGAAAGUGAUGCCACAGUGAAGAGGAAAACCAACCUUAUCUUUGAGAAAAUCAAAGCUCUAUCUGCUGUCCCUCCGGCAGAGUCAAGAGAAUCCGUGGCUAAAGCAAAUGAACUGAAGCAGAAGGUCAGCGAGCUGCAGACGAAACUAGAUGAGCAAACAAAGCAGCUCCGUCAGAGGUUGGAAGUCUCACAUGAUAGCCGCCAAAAUGGUAGCCCUCGCACGCUAGAGAUCCGCCUGGAGGAAUCAGAAGAGGAGUGUCAGCGACUCAGGGAGGCCUUUGAAAAGAAGAGCCAAGAACUCCAUAGCAGAUUGGAAGAGCUUAAAGAAGUGAAAGCAAUCAAGGAACAAACAGAAUCCAAGCUGACUGACUUGGAAGAGCAGCUGACAGAAAUGCAGGAAGCGCUUGAUCGAUUCCGAGAGCCGAUGGGAGGCACUCCGGACAGGGAGGAGUUGCUGAAAGAGUUGCUGGAAACCAGAGAGGAGCUGGAAGAAAUCUUGAGGGCGAAGCAGAAGCAAGAGGAACAGCUGCGCCAACGAGAACGGGAGCUCACAGCUCUGAAAGGGGCCCUGAAGGAAGAGGUGGCCAACCACGACAAGGAGCUGGAUUGUGUCCGGCAGGAAUACCAGCAAGACAUGGAGCAACUGAGGCGUAAUAUGGAAAAUGUGUCACAGGAUCAGGCCAGCUUGGAGGCUGAGAGGCAGAAGAUUAACUCUGUGGUGCGAAACCUCCAGCGGGAGCUGCAGGAGAGCAGUGAGGAGACAGCACACUGGAAAGAGAUGUUCCAGAGGAACAAAGAAGAGCUGCGAAACACCAAGCAAGAGCUGAUGCAGGUGAAGGUGGAACGUGAAGAUUUUGAAGAAGAACUGAGGGAGAUGCGUGAGCGCUUUACUGCAAUGAGGCAGGAAGUGGAACAAGCCCGAAGUGGCACUGGAGAUGCUGGAGAAGCUAGUACCCUUAGGAAGGAGCUGCGUGAGGCUCGAGAACAGCUGAGGGAGUUGACGUUGGAAAAGCAGACCCAGGAUGAGCUGCUCCGUCAGCGGGAGAGGGAGCUGGUUGCAUUGAAGGAAGCGUUGAAAGAUGAGGGGGACAGUCAUGACCAAGAGGUGGAAGAGUUGAAGCAGCAAUUCCAGCAGGACCUGAAACAGCUCCGGAAGGAUUAUGAGGACACGUUUAAGGUAAAGGCUGCCUUGGAGAGUGAGAAAGAGGCAACUGAGCAAACAAAAAAAGCUGUAGAGUCCACAUUGAGAGAGACGCAAGAAGAGAAUGAUGACCUCCGACGAAAGAUCCUGGGCCUGGAGACACAGCUCAAAGAGUAUUGGCACUUUGCUGACAACUGGCAGGGCACAGAGGCAAGGCUGAAGGAAAAAAUUGCCAAGCUGGAGGCUGAACGUAGGCAGAUGGAAGACUCUUUGGGGGAUGCUACCGAGCAAGAGCAGGAGUUGCUGCUGACGAAACGAUCGCUGGAGAGCCGACUGGAGGAGGCCCAGCGAAGUCUUAGCAAGCUCUCAAGGGAGCAUCAGGACCUAAGUACAUUGUAUCAUGAAGAGGUGAAGCAGAAAGAGCAGCUCAAGAGAGCCAAGAGUGAGCUGGAAGAGGAGAAGCGGCUUCUGGACAAGAGCAUUACAAAACUCACAAAAGAGCUGGACCAGAUGUCCCAAGAGUCCCACAACUCUCUAUCCGAACUGCAGUCACAACUGGAGGAGUAUAAAGAGAGAUCCCGCAGGGAGAUCACAGACUCUCAAAAACAGGCGAAAGAUCGAAAUGCUGAAGUGGAGAAGAUGCAGUAUAAUUUGGGAAGGCUGCAGGAUGAGGUAAUGCGGCUCAAGCAGGCCCUCCAGGACAGCCAGGCUGAGCGUGAGAAUGCCGUACUGGACAAGGAACUGCUGGCGCAGCGCCUUCACAGCCUGGAACAGGAGAUGGAGUCCAAGCGGCGGUCUCAGGAUGAUCGAUCCCGGCAAAUCAAGGCACUGGAGGACAAAUCAAAGCGCCUUGAAGUGGAGCUUGAAGAGGAAAGGAACACUGUAGAGCUGUUGACGGAGAGGAUCAACCGAACAAGAGACCAGAUUGACCAACUGCGGGCUGAGCUGUUACAAGAGCGUUCUGUUCGCCAGGACUUGGAAUGCGAUAAAAUCUCACUGGAAAGACAGAACAAAGACCUCAAAAGCCGCCUCACAAGCUUUGAAGGGUUCCAGAAGCCAAGCGCCAACAUCUCACAACUGGAGUCACACAUCCAAGAGCUUCAGGACAAGCUCCAAGCUGAAGAGAGAGAGAAGAGUAUGCUGGUGUCCUCAAAUCGCAAGUUGGAGCGCAAGGUAAAGGAGCUUACCAUCCAGAUUGAUGAUGAGAGGCAACAUGUCAACGACCAAAAAGACCAGUUGAGCUUACGGGUGAAGGCGCUGAAGAGACAAGUGGACGAGGCAGAGGAGGAGAUUGAGCGUCUGGAGUCCGCACGGAAAAAGGCCCAACGGGAACUGGAGGAGCAGCAUGAGAUCAAUGAACAGCUGCAGAGCCGUGUCAAGGCCCUGGAGAAGGACCUCUGGCGCAAGGCAGCCCGUUCCACUGCUGAAUCAUCUUUGAAGGAUGACCACUUGAGCUCAGAUGAAGAGUUUGACAGUGCUUACGGCCCAUCUUCCAUUGCAUCACUGUUGACAGAGGGGAACCUCCAGACAAGUUCUUGCUAGCACCCUCUGCUUGUGUCUGUUGGCAGGGAAAGGAAUGGUCUGUCGGCUAUCUCUUGAAAGCUCUUUCAAAUUAACACACUGAAAUCCAGCAAACUGUUGCAUCUGUAAACUUCUGGCAAGAAACCAGAAGACAGAUGGACCUCCACACCAUGCUGUAUGCCUGUAGAGAAAACAGACCUCUUUAUCAACAGGAAGGAAAGAUUUUGAUUUUUACUUGCAAAGGAGCAAUGGGAGCAGGCCUCUGGGAGGGAGGUUGAGUGUAAAAUGAAAGAUAUAUAUAUAUUUAACCUUUCCUCCCACCUAGCUUCCCCUAAUCUAAUUCUCAGGGUACUGGUGAAUGAUUAAGAAACAGAAUCUUCUGCAUCUAUUUUUUAACCAAAAUUUAAUUUUCUCGCUCAUGUAUAUAGGGCUUAUGUAUGUAUGUAGAUUGCAUGUGUAAUGAAAUGGAUGUGCAAUAAUGUUAAAGGAUAGUCUGGGGAAAUGAAUGACUAUGUCUUGGGGGGACAGCUGGAUUCCCCCACUCAGUACAUGCAUGUUGGCAUCUAGUAUACAGAUGCUCAGGUGGCCUUAUCAAUCCAGUUGAUUGUUGCAUUGUUGCCUGUGAUGGUGGACAUUUGAUUCUUCUUGGAGGUGCCUAAAGUAGAUGAGACUGUAUGAGAUUUUCCAGUUGAGCAACUUUUCUUAAUGGCUUGGUUUUUUUCUCUGCCGGAUUCUCUAAACUGGCUCCUGCUUUUCCCUUGCAGACAUGCCUUCUUUCUUAGGUUUCCCACGAAUGUUCUCAGAUACAUGUCUCUUUUCCCUGAACGUGAUUCCUAACCAAAUCCUCAGGGGCAAAGACAGCAGUCUGUAAUGGAAAUUCUUGACCUGGUAUUCAGGGCGGCAGGUAGGCAUCUGCAGCACUUCACUGUCCUUUGUUUUGAUGAAGUGGACAGUGGUUGCAUAGUGUAAUAAUCUGGUCCUCCCUAGAUAAUGCCAGGCUGUAACUCCCAUCAUGCAAAACAGCUAGGACUGAUGGGAGUCUGAAAAAACUGGAGAGCCCCACUUUGUGAAGUCUGCCUAAUGACUGAAAGGAAGAAAGUGUUUCACAGCCAGCAGGAACUAAAACUGCAUUGCCAAGAUAAAUGUUGUACGUUUGCUAGCUUGCAGUCAUGAAUCAUGCAUGCCUUCUUAGCUGUUAAUUCUACCACAGAAGCUUCUGUGUUCAAUGUGGAAAUUUAAAAGAGAAAAGCCAGGCUGUUGGAAUAACCAGCUAUGCAUGCACGUUUGUGUCUGUCGCUAUAAAUCAUGUUCUGUCUUGUUUCUCCAUUUCUGAUUCCUAAAGCAGUAGUAAAGCAAGGCUCAGAAUGAGGUCCCUGCAACUGGGUUGGAGACAGACAGUUGUCAAUAUGUUCUUCUCAUAGACUGUCUCUGUGCACAUCUUCUAAAGCUAACUCAUUGCCAUGGAUUUCAAGGCAUGCUCCACUCCAACAUACUGACACAUGGUUGGAUACUUGAUGCCAGUAAGUUGCUUCCCAUCUGAAUGCAAGUGUACUUCCAGGUGUCCUUCAUGAGUCUGGAAACACUGUGCAGAGGGAGCUAAAAAAUCUGAUAUAGCCCAGAAAAGAAGGGACAGAAGAAGCUUUAGUAAACCUCACUUAGCAUAGAGGCUGCCAGAUGACCAAAGACAGAAAUUGUUUUGAGUGGGCCUGAUAUUAAAUGUGGACAAGCCUCAUACCAAGGCAUUUCUCUUGGUUCUUAUGAGUGUUAGCAUGUUUGGAACAGUUAUUAAUUUCUCUGUUUUUAUCCCCAGUUGUUCUGACACAUUCUCUCCACAAGCUGGGUUUAGAGGAUGGUAAAUUGAGCAUUGGUCCCUGCACGUGGACACCUUACUGACCAUGUGUUAUGUGAACUUUCCCUUUGUAAUCCCAGUUUCCCAGAAGGCUGGGUAUUAGAGUGUUUUGCUGUGCUGCUUGGUAGAAUACAGCUGUGCUAUCAAAUCUUCAAAAGGGCUGCUUUACCCAUCCUAAUUUUUCUUAAAAAUAUCCACUUCAGAUAUCCCUAUUUUAUCUUUCCAGGCCUUGCACCAAGUGCCUUAUUGUUGAUUUGUCCCAAGAGGGGAAACACUUCUAAUGUAUUUUUCUGAACUGGAGACAAACCGUAUGGUUCAUGUUGGGAACUGAAAUAUUGUUGACAUAACAUACAUCAAUACUGCAGCAUUUGCACAUACAUGUGCUUUUACACCAGGGAAGAACGCAGUCUUGCUGUGUUUCCCCUCCUAAAAUGUGGCAUUACAGUCUCUCUCGUUAUAGCAAUAAACUUUUUUUUUCAAAGAGGGAGAAGUUCAGGUUCCUGCCUGGAUAGCUGUUUUCCACUUCAACUGAGUCACUGUGAAGGAUGUGAUGGUCAACUGCAUAGGUAAUUUGGAUAUUGCUGAAGGCAAUCCUAGAACUUAAUUGAUUUUUUAUUUAUUUAAAGAGACGAAAUAUGUCCUGCAGAAAAUACUGCAAGAUUAAAUCCUACAUAGCCAUUGCUUUUGAUAGGCUGCUGGCAAACUAAGUAACUUUUGGGAAGAUACCUCUAGGAAGAGUUGCAGAAGAUUAGGAGUUUGGCCAGGAUGGAGACAGAGGGUAGAAAAACUAUUUUCUAAAACAAGUCCUCUGAUCCUGAAAGGCUAGCCUUUGCUACCUACCCUUCUAUCACAUCAUAUUCUGUAACUGCGCCUUAAUGUUUAAACUUCUGGUGGUGAUGAGGGAUACUAUUUCCAAAAUGACACUGGAUUUUCCAGAGCAGGUGCUCCUGGGUCCAAGCCUGGUACUGAUGGCAUGGAAGUCAUUUCCUCCUGCUGUAAUUGCUGGAGGAAAACAAAUAUGCCAGGAUUAGGGGUGGACACCACCACCCCAUUUCUUUACUGUGAAAAGGUCAAGGACUGACCUUUAGGUAGCUACUAUGCAUGGACUCUGAGACGUAACUGUACAGUGUCAACAGUGGACCUACCAUCUUACUUGUGCAUAUGCCACUUGUCUAACAUAUUUGCAAGAAUGUGAUCCUGUACGUCCAGGGGUAGAAAGCUGCUUCUCCCCUAUAUCAUCAGCAAGGUGUCACUUUGCAAUAACUUGAAUUUUGGCAAAACAGACAAGUCCAUGACAAUGGCGGCAACUGAAGUGUGUUUGUAAGAAAGAGGUCACUUGUCCCAUUGUUUCCUGGCUAUAAUUAUUGCUUGUAUGUUUUCAUACUACAGAUUCCCCAUAAAUACUCUGAAAAUUCUAAGCCCAAGCACAUUAAAAGUUUUCUCAUAUUGGGAAUUCAGUAGAAUUACCUGAUCCACAAAGCCAGCGUGGGUCUUUUGUUAUCAAGCGUGCUAGAAAAACAAUUAUUUAAAACUGACUCACGUACUCAAAUGACAUGAUUCACUUUAAACUGCAUAUUUGGCGAGAUAGAUAAUAAUCCUUUAGAAAAAGUAAUUUUCUGUUCCAGCUGUUCACCUGAGAUCAGUUUUUGUUUAUGCAUUUGUGAUCGUAAAGAUCCGGGGUAGUGUUUCCUACUCCAACACUGUUUCCAA